GUGUGCUUGGUGUGUGUUUGUGUGUGAGGUAGAAAAUGGCGGAGGCGAUUUCUCAAGAGGAAGAGUCUUUCACAUGUCCAGUAUGUCUGGAUUUGCUGAACGACCCAGUGACUAUUCCCUGUGGACAUAACUUCUGUAUGAGGUGCAUUAAGGGCUGCUGGGAUCAGGAUCCGAAUGGUGACUACAGCUGCCCCCUGUGCAAACACAACUUCGCUCCCAGACCUGUCCUCUACAAAAACCCUCUGAUUGCUGAAAUGGUAGAGAAAGUUCGGAAGACGAGAAUCCAAGCUGCUUCUCACAAUUAUGCUGGACCUGGAGAUGUGGAGUGUGAUGUCUGCACUGGUAGAAAACUCAGAGCUGUGAAGUCAUGUCUGGAUUGCCUGGUGUCUUACUGUGAAACUCACUUCAAAGUUCACAAUGAUGCAAACCCAAGGAAACAUUCAGUGAUCGAUGCCACGUGCCAGCUACAUGAGAGGAUCUGCUCCAGUCAUAAAAAGGUGUUCGAAAUAUUUUGUCAUACCGAUCAGAUUUGUAUCUGCUGUUUGUGCAUGAUGGAUGAACAUAAAGGCCAUGACACAGCCACAGCUGCUGCAGCAUGGACAGACAAACAGAAACAGUUGAAACAUACCCAGAACAGAUUCCAGAAGAGAAUCGAAGAGAGAGAGAUGGAACUGCAGGAACUGAGGAAGGCUGUGGAGACUCUCAAGAGCUCUGCACAGACAGCAGUGGAGGACAGUCAUAUUAUCUUCACUGAGAUGAUCCGCUCCAUUGAGAGAAGGUGCUCUGAGGUGACAGAGCUGAUCAGAGCUCAGGAGGAGGCUGAGGUGAGUCGGACUGAGGGACUCCUGAAGCAACUGGAGCAGGAGAUUGCUGAGCUGAAGAGGAGAGAUGCUGAGCUUGAGCAGCUUUCACAUAUAGACGAUCAUGUCCAUUUCCUCAAGGAUGUUGUGUCAGUCACUGAUGCUCCUUACUGUACAGUUCCAACCAGCAUGACAUUCAGCCAGAGUUUCUCUUUUGAGACUGUGAAGGAAUCUGUCUCUGCAGUGAUGGUGUGGCUGGAUGACAUCUUCAAGCAGAAACUGGCCAAGAUAUCUGCAGAAGGUUGGACAAACAUCUAA